AUGUUCUCUGCCAUGUUGAUGGACGCCAACCGUGAUGAACUCCCCGAGAUCCACCUCGCCUACAGGACGGGCGGUCAACUCAUCAACUACCGGCGGCUGCACUUCCAGUCGCAUGUAUCCACAACUACUGUCCACGAACUUCUCUUCGCCGAUGACUGCGCCCACAAUGCAACUACUGAAGAGUACAUGCAAAGGAACUUGGACCUCUUCACCGCCGCCUGCGACAAAUUCGGCCUGCUCACCAACACGGAGAAGACGGUGGUCAUGCACCAAUCGCCACCCGACGCGGCCUACGUCGCGCCCCAACUCAACGUGAAUGGUGCCCAACUGCAAGUGGUGGACAACGUCACCUACAUGGGCAGCACCCUCUCCCGUAGCAUCAAGAUCGACGAUGAAGUGGCCCGCCGGAUCUCAAAAGCCAGCCAUGCCUUCGGCCGUCUGCGAAACGCAGUUUGA